CGCGUCCCCUGGCCAGGCAGCCGGCUCUGCCAGCCCCGGGUCGGACCCCCGCGCCUGCCUGCUCCGGCCACGCCCGCUGCCCGGGCUCGCCGAGUCGCCACGCUCCGUGGGGGGUGCCAUCGGGGAGGAGCGGGCCUGAGCCCGCGGGACCGAGCGUGUGCGGGCGUGCGCCGCCUGGCCGAGGCUGUCAGCAGGCCGUAGGACCUGGUCCCGAACUGGGCCCGUACUCCAGUGACGCCCUCCGCCCGGGACCUGCCGAGCUCAGACCCCAGCGCCCCGCCCGCCCAGCUGCUGAGCGUCACGUGACGUCCCCAGGAGGCGGAGGGGCGGGCCGCGGCCCGAGAGCCGAGUGCGAGAGCGGGACGGGACGCAAAAUGGGUAAAUUGUCCUUGGAUGUCAACAUUCAGGAACCUCGCUGGGACCAAAGCACUUUCCUGGGCAGAGCCCGGCACUUCUUCACUGUUACUGAUCCCCGAAACCUGCUGCUGUCUGGGGCGCAGCUGGAAGCUGCCCGGAACAUUGUGCAGAACUACAGGGCGGGUGUGGUGACCCCAGGACUCACAGAGGACCAGCUAUGGCGGGCCAAGCACGUGUAUGACUCUGCCUUCCAUCCGGACACAGGAGAGAAGGUGGUCCUCAUUGGCCGUAUGUCUGCCCAGGUGCCCAUGAACAUGACCAUCACGGGCUGCAUGCUCACCUUCUACAGGAAGACCCCAACUGUGGUGUUCUGGCAGUGGGUGAAUCAGUCCUUCAAUGCCGUCGUUAACUAUUCCAACCGCAGCGGCGAUGCUCCCGUCUCCACUCGGCAGCUGGGCACUGCCUAUGUGAGUGCCACCACAGGGGCUGUAGCCACAGCUCUGGGACUCAAAUCCCUCACCCAGCACCUGCCCUCCUUGGUUGGCAGAUUUGUGCCCUUUGCAGCCGUGGCUGCAGCCAAUUGCAUCAACAUCCCCCUGAUGAGGCAGAGGGAGCUGCAGGUGGGCAUCCCGGUGACUGAUGAGGCGGGGCAGAGGCUGGGCCACUCGGUCACCGCCGCCCGGCAGGGGCUCUUCCAGGUGGUGAUAUCGAGGAUCGGGAUGGCGAUCCCUGCCAUGGCCAUUCCCCCAGUGAUCAUGGACGCUCUGGAGAAGAAGGACUUCCUGAAGUGCCGACCUUGGCUGGGGGCGCCCUUGCAGGUGGGGCUGGUGGGCUUCUGCCUGGUAUUUGCCACCCCCCUGUGCUGUGCCCUGUUCCCCCAGAGGAGCUCCAUACAAGUGAGCAGGCUGGAGCCGGAGCUGAGAGCCCAGAUCCAUGAGCAAAACCCCAGCAUGGAGGUGGUUUACUACAACAAGGGGCUUUGAGGAGGGUCAGUCCCUUCCUCACCUCCCUGCGUGGCUGCUUUAGGCCCACCUUGCUAUCUCUGCUGCUUGCCCAUCUGCCUGGUACUCUCCAGGGAGCUUGGUAGGUCAGUCGCUAUUGAGACCAGCAAUCCAUUAAGCUGGACGAAGCAUCCUUCCUUCUUUUUUUUUCUUUUUUUGGUACUGGGGAUUGAACUCGGGUCCUUGCACUUUCGAGGCAGGCGUCGAAACCACAGAGCCAAAUCCCAGCUCAGGAUGAGGCACCCUUAUAAGCCUUUUUCUCUCUUCUCUGGUGUCAAAGAGCAGAGUUACACAGUCCCUCGAGGCUGUGCUACCUACUACAUAGGCAUACACGUAUGUGUUUAUACAGUUGGUCCUGGCAGCUAAGAGCAGGCAGGCCACUGCUGUGGGCUGAUGUCUGGCCUCCCCUCCUCAGUCUCGUUCCCAGCUACCAGCAAGCCAGGUGACAGGUGGGACGUCCUUCCCCGAACCAUUCCACUGGCCACGUCACUUCCGACAGCGCCUCACCCCUUCUGGACAGGGGAGGAACCCCAGGACAGUAGUAGACCAACCUGAGCUGAGUCAUUCAGGUUUCUAAUAACCUAGCUUCCAAAACUGGCUGGGGACCUGGGCUGGCACAGGAAGCCUUGUUGGGACCGGGGAGGCGGGGCCUUAUGCACCCUCGGCGGCUCCGCACCCCUGGAGUGGCUCCAUCUCUCCUGGAUGAGCAAAGGAGCCAUCUCCUCGUGUCCCCCACACUGCCAUGUGGGCAUCUUUAGGUAGAAGUUCUUGGUCUGCCCUGACAUUAUGAGCACAAACAAAUCCGACGAGCCCAGCUCUCUCCCGGCCAGAAAGCCACGCAGGCAGAACAAGCGUUCCCCUUCAGGAGCUGCCACCACACUCCCUGAGAGGGACGCACGUGGGAAAAGUGCUUAACCCCACAGGUCCCACGCGGGCCACUAAUGAUGGGAUUCUGUGAUCCGUGAGCCCUGCUCAGUCUCAGCUCCUUCCCUUCCUUUUCUUUGCCUUUGCUGCGUGCUGGGGACAGAACCCAGGGCUUUGCAUAUGCUAGGCAAGAACUGCCGAUAAGCCCAGCCCUGGUCUUCCUGCUUUCCUGAGGUUUGGUCCUGCUGCCCCACCGUUAUCCCUGAGAGGAGGGCCCAGGCCGAAAUGGACGGGCCAAACGGAAGCUGGGAUGUGGGAUGGAACGGGUGCGGGAGUCCAGAGCACAGUUAGAUGAUCGUGACUCCAGCUCCGUGCCCUCUGGCUGAAGAGUUGAGUGGGCCAGAGCAGGGGCCUUGGGACCCUCUGAGAUCGCUUUCCUGCUUCUCUAAUGCACUGCCCUGAACAACAGCUUCCAUGCCCCGGAUAGUCAAUAAACUGUGAACCUGUCUAUUUAUU